GAAAACAUUGAUUCUUAAUUGAAUUAUUUAAGGUACAAAAAUCAAAAUAACUUGAUAUUUGUUUAAAGUUGUUAAAGUUCGGCUACACUUUUUAUAUGUAUCAAGGUGGAUUAUUUGUCACUUUUGAGUCUUUUUUAUUGGGUAGCUAAGGGUCCGUUUCACAACGUUCCACUUUUCUAACGAAGAAGAAUGAACUCUUUAUUAAUGCUAUUGAAGAUCAACAUUACCAAGGCCUCAUUACAAAGGAGUGAACGUGUUACUAUUGUGAAUGAGCCAGCCAUUCCAAGCCAAAAGAAUUUAUGGAAAGAAGUUUGAAUCUUUCGAAUUGAGGAUCCCCUUCUUGUAGGGUUAGUGCUCUAAUGUUGGAUGCUUUCCAUGGUACUUUUCAUUUAAAACGAAGGGAAAUAAUAAUAGAAAUGAGGACAUCGAUACAAUAGGCAUAAAGUUCAAUAGCGACGCAAACAAUAAAAUUGGUUAAAGUGGAGAGGAUGAGAAAGGAAGAGUAUAAAGAAGAGAGAAAAAUAUUGGAAAUAAUGAGAACGAGGGAGCUAAGCCAAUUGAUCUAAGAACUUCUUAAUUAUAUUUUCUAUUUUAGAUUAAAAAAAUCUUAAUUAUAUAUUUUUUUAUUUUAGAUUAAAAAUAGGAUUUUUUUUUUCAAAAUGGAAAAAAUCGACAAACUGUUAACAAAAUUUAUCACAAAGGAAAUGUUCUGUUUUUUAUAAUUUUUUUAGAAAAAAGUUAAUUACAUUUUGGGUCUUUUCAAAAAUAUAACAAACGACAAAAUAUUUACACUUUGUAAAACAAUUUUAAAAACGAAAAAAAGUAAAAAAUGCCCCGUAUGCCCUGUCAACUACGUCACACGUUAACGUACUUGAUAUAUUUGUACACGAUUGUCUAUAUUUGGGUUAUACAAUCGUUUAAUUUGGUUACAUGAUUAUUUAGAUUGGCUAAAUGAUUUUUUUAAAGAUUCUUUUGAUACACAUAGUUUAGAUUUGUUUACAUUUUUUUACACACGAUAGUUUAGAUUUGGCUAGCCCAAUCUAAAUGAUUUUUUUUAGAAUUCUUUAUACAUGAUAUUUAGAUUUGGCUAUUUUUUUCUUACGUCGUUUUCUUCAAGUCUUUUAUAUUUAAUAGAUCUUGAAAAACCAAAUAAAAAAGUUUGAAAAAAAAGUUUGGAAAAAAAAGGAAGAAGAAAGACAAUGGAAUAGACGAAGAGGGAAGAAAUGAGAAGAAAAAGAAUAAGAAUGAUGAACAGACGAAGAGGGAAGAAUCGAAAAAAAGAGAAGAAAGACGAUGACAGAGAAAGAGAGAAAGAAAUACGAAACGAAAAAAUUUUGAAUAUUUAAAAAAUGGGCAACGCUUUGUUACAUGGGCCAAGGUUAUAUUUAUGAAAGUUUCUUUGAAUUUUUAUUUUAGAUUUAAAAAAUAAAAUAAAAUAAUGAUAACGAAAGUGUAGGACCAAAACUGUUUUCUAAUUCUUGUUUAAUAUGAAAGUACAACGGUCAACCGUCCAGCGGCCGGCCUUUAGUUCCAUUUUGUUUUCUUUUGUACAACCGAGCUUUGUACACGUCGCUACUCGCUUUCGAUUCCUCCCAUUCUCCAUAUACAUCUCUUCACUGAAUCAGCCAUAGUCUCACUAUAGAAUCUCCCCCGACAUUAUCGCAUUCGAGGAGCAUCCAUGGCUUCCACACUCGUGCAAGAAAUUCCACCUCCGUCCUUGGAUGCCACCGCCGAACAACCUCCCCUGUUUGAUGGAACUACCAGGUUGUAUACUGCUUACAUUUGCCCUUAUGCACACCGUGCUUGGAUCAUCCGAAAUUACAAGGGACUACAACAUAAAAUUAAGUUAGUUCCUCUUGAUCUUCGUAAUAGGCCUGACUGGUAUAAGGAAAAAGUAUACCCAACGAACAAGGUUCCAUCUCUGGAACAUAAUGGAAAGGUUAUUGGAGAAAGUCUUGAUCUGCUCAAAUAUAUCGAUAGCAACUUUGAAGGACCUUCUCUUCUCCCAGAUGAUCCUGCUAAAAGAGAAUUUGCUGAAGAGUUGCUUUCCUACAGCGAAACAUUUAACGGCGCUAUAAUCAAUUCAUUUAAAGGCGACACCGCAAAGGAAGCAUGUGCUCAAUUUGAUUACUUGGAAAAUGCUUUGGGAAAAUUUGAUGGCCCGUUUCUCCUCGGAGAAAUCAGUCAGGUGGAUAUAGCAUACAUUCCAUUUGUUGAAAGGUUCCACAUUUUCUUAUCAGAGGCUCUCAAGAUUGACGUCACGGAAGGAAGGCCCAAAUUAGUUGCAUGGAUGGAGGAGUUCAAUAAGAUUGACGCGUACAAGCAAACAAAAGUCGAUCCCGAGCUGGUAGUUGAAAUUUAUAAAAUGGUAUUCUUGAGCUAGCAAAAAGAAGGAAUAACGGAGAAGUCGUGUAUUGCCUUGUGAAGAAUAAGUAGUGCAAGAUACUGAUGAGAACUUCCGGUGUUUGUACUUCUUAUCUCCUUUCUCUAUAUUUUGGAAAUCUAAAUGUGAGUAGUUAAAACGAACCCAACUCAAUUAUAUCAUGAUGUUUUUAUUAUUAAUUUCGAAGUUAUAGCUCGAUUUUCCUAUCCAAUAUAUUAUAAAUAGGAAAUGUAACUAGUUCAUGUAAGUGCAUAUUUGGAUUGACUUCUUGAGUAUUUAUAAGUGUAAAAAAAAUGUUUAUAAACA